CAACCUAAUCCUGGUCGCCGACCUAGGGUUUUUUAUCAGUAAGUAGCGCUCUGUUUUCGAACGUUGCGGGGAAUUGACAAAAAAGCAUUCAAAAAUCUCCCAACUUCAAAACCCUAAUCGAUCCUCCUUCGCUCCUCCAACCCCAUAUACAGAUUUACAAUCAUUAUAGAAGAAAAAUGACCACCACAGUACAUAGAACACCUAAAUCUAGAAGACAAUCAUUGUUCUUCCAUGAUUUGGCUUCCCCCGUUUCUACAACCCAUAGAGGAAGUGGAAAAUUCACAACCCCAGGUCAAGCUGCAGCUGUUUCAGCUCUAUGGCGCGAGAAUUUCUCCAAUUCCGAUCUUCCCCCUCCGCCCAUGUUCACCCUCGAAGACCGAUCGGAUUUCUCUCCGGAAUCUGGAAUUCCGGACUAUCCCAUGUCUUCGGAAAGCAAUUUAGGGUUUAGAACUCCUGUCCAGAGCUCGGGAGGCCAGUUUUCGACCCCGAGAAUGAAGGCCGAGGCGAGCACUUCGUAUGCUGUAAUGGGUGGUGGGCAGCAGCUGCAAAAUCCGCAGAGUCCUGUGGGGAGUUUGAGUUGGUGGUCGCCUGGGAAGAGUGGCGGUAGUGGCGAGCAGGAUGAGAAGGGAAAGGGUUCGCCGGUUGAGGGUGUGGUUAAUUCGGGUGCUUUGAUUAUACUUCCACCUCCGAGGGAGGUUGCGAGACCGGAAACGCACAGGAAUUCGUUACCUGUGGGAGACCUUCAUGAGGAAGAAUGGGUCACUGUUUAUGGAUUUUCCCCAGGGGACACCAAUUUUGUUUUGCGGGAGUUUGAGAAAUGUGGUGUGAUCUUGAAACAUGUUCCAGGUCCCAGAGGUGCUAAUUGGAUCCACAUCCUGUAUCAGAAUCGGUCUGAUGCUCAGAAAGCUCUCAGCAAAAAUGGAAUGCAAAUAAAUGGAGCCCUCAUUGUUGGAGUGAAGCUAGUUGAUCCGGGACAACACCAAGUGCUGAAUGAAAGGCUGAACAAUCAAGGAUUCAUGACUUCAACCCUAGCACCAUUGGGUAAAAGCUCAGAGCCAAACCCUUUGAGAGCCUCUCCUCACAUCGACUAUCUUCAAAAUGGAAGUAAUAGUGCUAGACACUCAUCUGGUACCGUUGCCGCCCCUGCAAAAUCUGUGGCGUCAAAAAUCAUGGAUUUGAUGUUUGGUGUCUAGUUGAGUUUUCAUUUGCUUUCUUUUUUUAAUACCGCCCUCAGAUUUCUUUCCUCUUUGAGUGCAACAUAAGGCUUAGUUUGAUUUGGUUAUGGCAAAUGUAUAACUGCCUGUUCUGGCAAAAAGGCGCUUGAGGUUCUGAGUAAAUCUUUUUCUUUUAAAUUUUUGUUCACAUCAAUUUUUCCCUGAAGCAUAUGCUGGUUUGUUCACAUCAAUUACUUUCUUGUUGUGGCUAUGGAGAGGUUGUUGUAGCAUGUAGGAGAGGAAAUAUUCAUUCCUGAUUGAGAAAUGUUUUGUUGUUGUGAAUGUUUUUUUCAUCUACAUUCAACUAGUUAAUUUUCAUACCA